CCAGGCCCUACCCCCGGGACACCCCGACGCUCACGUAGUUCAGUGGCAGCAAUCAACCCUGACACUUCUCUCAGGCUCUCCCAUGAGGCCAGUGAGCAGCAGCCCCGGCUGCGGCGCCGCGGGAGAGACUUCUAACCUGCUCGUCUAGCGUGAUGGCUGUGGACAUAGAAUACAGCUACAGCAGUAUGGCUCCUUCUCUACGCAGAGAGCGCUUCACCUUCAAGAUCUCCCCCAAACUGAGCAAGCCACUGAGGCCUUGUAUUCAGCUGGGCAGCAAGGAUGAAGCCAGCGGAAUGGUGGCCCCCGCAGUGCAGGGGAAGAAGGUGAAGAAGCGGGUGUCCUUCGCCGACAACCAGGGGCUGGCCCUGACAAUGGUGAAAGUGUUCUCGGAAUUCGAUGACCCACUAGAUAUUCCCUUUAACAUCACCGAGCUCCUAGACAACAUCGUGAGUCUGACGACAGCAGAGAGCGAGAGCUUUGUUUUGGAUUUUCCGCAGCCUUCUGCAGAUUACUUAGACUUUAGAAAUCGACUUCAGACCAAUCACGUCUGCCUCGAAAACUGUGUGCUGAAGGAUAAAGCCAUCGCGGGCACCGUGAAGGUCCUGAACCUGGCCUUCGAAAAGGUGGUGAAGGUCAGGAUGACAUUUGACACCUGGAAAAGCUUUACUGACUUCCCUUGUCAGUAUGUGAAGGACACUUAUGCUGGCUCGGACAGGGACACGUUCUCCUUUGACAUCAGCUUACCCGAGAAAAUCCAGUCCUAUGAAAGAAUGGAGUUUGCGGUCUGCUACGAGUGUAACGGCCAGGCGUACUGGGACAGCAACAAAGGCAAAAACUACAGGAUCACCCGGGCUGAACUCCGAUCCUCUCCGGGAGUGAUCGAGCCGUACAAUGGACCGGAUUUUGGAAUCGCUUUUGACCAGUUUGGGAGCCCUCGGUGUUCCUUUGGCCUGUUUCCAGAAUGGCCUAGUUAUCUGGGAUAUGAAAAGCUGGGGCCCUAUUACUAGUGACUGCAGUCGACAGGUGGUGGCUCUGAUCAAGAUGGAGGCGGGAGAACGCAAACGCCAGAGGGAAAGUUGAACUGCCAUUAAAGUGUGGUUUUUGAAAAGACAGGAUCCUGUUCACCUUUUUCUUAAACCAGCAAGUCCAGCGUGUUUCUGUCACACCGGGUUUCUUGCUUCAAGGCGUGCUGAUCCUCUAUGGCAUCCGGGUUGGCCACAAGAGAAUGCACAGGAUGGUGCCAGAAGGGUCUGGAGAGGGGCCAAGCUGGCAAGGACUGAGGAAACUGGCCUCUCUUCCACACUUGAACUUCGAAAGUCACCCAGAAACCAGACUCCAGCCUUUUCAGCCUUACCAUUGACCUCAAGGUCCUGCCCCGCUCGUGGCUUUCCAUGUGUCUUCUUCGUUCCGUGUGUACUCGGAGGGAGCCACCUCAGUUCUGUGACACACUGUCCUGAUACCCAGCAGCCUCCGAAGAGGGACAGGGGCAGCCGCUUUCUGAGCGAGUUCUUUUGCUGCAUUUCCUCACCCGACACAGUCUAUCCAGUGAUCUGGACAAGAUAGUCAAAGCAAGCCUGUGUCUGGGAUAGGCAUUCCCUCCCCUCUCUUCUUGGUUCCUCCUUUACAUUCCAGAAGAGAGCAACAUAUUUACUGGAAAGUCAUUGGUUCCCAUGUGGGGUCACGGGGUACAACCCUGGGACAAGGUGGGACAGUAUGAACUUUUAGCUUUUCUUCUUGGAUUUUAUUUGGGGGGGGGGGGGUUUCGAAGCACUCAGUUUCACCCGGAGCUACCAAAAGACUCAAUGACAAGAUCCAUUUCCACUUGCCUGGCCGGUGUGUGGACUGCUUUUGUUUGACAGACUCAUAGCUCUCAUGUCUCCUGGAGUCUCCAUGUCAAUGCCUUGUCUGAGACUUUCAAAUAGCAAGACUGGCAUAUCCUCGAAUCCUCCACAAUAUGCUUAGAUUUGUUUGCAGUAUACAGUCAUAUUGAGGAUGCUUUACAAACCCUCAAGGACAUUGAUUGGGUGUUUUUAUUUAUGGUGUGUAUUAUAAAAGGAUAGAGGAGAAAAACCUCACCACGUUUUUCUAUGUUAUUUUAAAUGUUUGUCAACUCUGAGGUAUCAGAUGAAUUUUUCUUAACCAUAUUGGGUUGCAGUGCAUUAUCAUACGCUAGUGUGAGACUCCUGGAGCUCUUACUGUUGGGUGAACCCCCAAACCCUGUGAUUUUUCUCUAGGGCAAAUUAGAAUUAUAGGGGAGUUUGGAAGCUUUUUAUAUACAUAUUUGUAGAAAUUUAGGGGUAUUGUUUUGUUUUGGAAGUUUGGUAAAAGAUGUCUGCUUAAUUUUCUUACUGAAGUGAUGUUUCCCUGAGACAAGGUAGGAAUGUAGAGUCUCACGGAUUCACAGGCCGCUGGAUGUAGCCCCAGGCCCUCUGGCUUCAUAAGUUAGCAUCAGGCAAAUGUUUUUGAUCCUAGCAUGUGUGGUUCAUUUUUUAUCUUAACUUUUUCACUUUUGAAGUUUAAAGUGUUUUGACUUUUUAAAUGUUAUUUUCUAUGAUUUCUAAUUUCUAAAACUGGUACUAGUCUGUGAUCUGUGCUUUGUAUAUGGUGCCUCUCCCAGAUGGACAGUGAUCUGGGGUUGCAUGCUGGUAUCUGUGAAGAAAUCACCUUCAUAAGUGAGGCUGAGACUGGGAGGCUGGGGUUCGUGUUUUAUCUAAGCAUACCGUAUCUCUCCUAUGUAGGCGUACUUUAAAUGUUCCGGAUUUGGUGAGCAGCUAGGUUUAAACUGGAUGGAAGGCAAAACUGAUCUCUUAUGAGUCAUGCAUUUUGUAUUAACAAGGAAGGCAGCCAGGGGCACUGUUACUUACAUAGCUGCAGACAACAGAUCAUGAAAGGACCCCAGGUAACUACAGAAUGAAGCCUGUUCAGUGGUGUGGAAUGACGAUCUUCAGACAUUCCAUGUCAAAAUAUGAAAUGUGGUAAUUCCACGUUAUGUAUCUCUCCUAGAGCAGACAUAUCCUCACCCCCUUUUGCCCAGAUUUGCCCCAGCUUUCUUGCUCACGGGCACUGGUUAAAGUCGGCACACCUGAGGUGCGCACCCAUGGCUCAGCUCAGAGGGCGUGUCUUCGCCUGCUCACCAGGGCCCUUCCCAAUGGAGCGGCCUGUGUGCUUGACUUCCUUAUCUAGGCUGUCACUCAGACACUCAAGAGUCCUCUGUUUUCUGCCUCCAACACAGCCCUUCUCCUUUUGAGCCAGUCUGUCCCGUGACUCGGAGAUAGCCUCAGGGGCUGCAUUGAGAAAUGCUGCCUUCAGAGUUCCCCAUUGUAGACAAAUGUACACACCUCAGAAGAUGACCGGCCCCUUGCUUGAGGAUCCCACGGCAGGCUUGACCCCGAGAUCUGCCUUCGUUCAUGCAAUUCUUAGUUAUGGUGAUGGCUGGAUCCUAAUUCCCAGACACCAUGAUCCAGAAAGGGAAGGCAACUCCAUUCUUUGUUCCAUAUUUAUUUCCCCACAUCCCCUGGGAUGCUUUUGCAAAGUGGGUACAGUACAUAAGCUAGACCAUAAGGCACACUCUCCAUGUUUCUUGCAAGAAGCAUUUGAGUCUUGUAAGAUUUUUUUUUUUUCUAGAAAGCUAGGAACACAUCAUGGAAGCCUGUAUGUAGUUGUGCAGAAACUGAGGCAACUUGAGUCAAUGGUGGGAGUUACUUUAUCCCUGAGAUGUAAGCUUGGUGGCUCCCUGUUCUGGGAAGGUCUGCCAUUAACUAUGUCUCCUGGCAUGAUCACAGAAACUGCAGAUAAGAUGUUCUGGAAAUCCUGGGAUCUUACCUAUAACGGGAUCUUCCAGAGUCACUCAAAAACAAUUUGGCAGCGUGGAGGACAGUAGGUGAGAGAGUGCUGGUCUCUCCUGCUGAGGGCUGUGAUGUACCCCCAGCUCCAUCAGCAAAGCUGUGUGUGUUUCUACGGUUUUGCUGCUAGUUCCCAGAGACCGCUGGGGCACGAGGACUUCUAGGAUGCACACGUGAUGAUGUUACACUUUUGCUUUAAUGUGAACAUUCAACUGACGGGCUUGUCGUCAUUGUAUGCCUAAAUGUGCCUUGUUCAGCAACUUCUGCAUGUUUGUAAGAAAUAUUUUUGUAUACAUUGGUAGAGGGGGAAAUGCACUUUAAAAAUCACAAGAAUGGAUGUUUGUGUGUGUGUGUGUUUGGUGGAAGAGAAUGGUUUCUUUGUAUCAAAAGCAAAAAUGUAAUAAAUACAGAAAGAAAGAAAAAAAA